GCAGGUGAAGUUCUCCUGCCCCAUGAAGUUGAAUACACUCUUUUAGCAUUACUGGCUGUCAAAUUGUGUGCCCCUGCUGGAGCACAUUUGUCAUGGCACCAGACUCUAUUGAUGCACAACCGUUUACAACACUACCUGAACCUGAUAAAAUUCAAAAACAUCAUGCACUUGAUGCCAUUUGUAAUGGAUUUAAGGCAACAAGACACCCUCGAUGGAGUAAGGAAGAAACAUUUGUCCUCAUUGAGGGAAAGAAGGUUGUAGAGAAUCGAGUUUGCAGGGGUCGUAGAUCCACGUCAGCCUUGGGGUCAGAUCAGAUUCAACCCAAGUGGGAUUCUAUCUCAUCAUAUUGUAAACAGCAUGGUGUGAACAGAGAACCAGUGCAAUGCCGGAAAAGAUGGAGUAAUCUGCUUGGUGAUUUUAAGAAAAUCAAAAUUUGGGAGUCUCAGAGGCUAGAUGCAGAUGAAACAUUUUGGAACAUGAGGAAUGAAGUAAGGAGAGAAAGAAAGUUGCCUAGUUUCUUCGACAGGGAUGUUUAUGACAUCUUGAAUGGAAGAUUAUUUGCUACUGAAGCAAUUCCAUUGACCCUUGUUACAGUCAAGACAGAAAAAAACACUGAUGGAGAUGAAGCGGCAGCAGCAGCAGCAGAGGAACAGGAAGAGGAGGAGGAUGAGGCAGUUUUUGACAGUGGUCAGAAUGCUACAUCAGAUUGUUUAUUUUCGGAUUUUGAACAAUCAAGGCAGGAUGAAAUUCGCUGUAGCCUUAAGAAGGAAACCAUUGCAACUAAGGAUCUCAGUAGGACGCAGCCUAUUUCUGGCACAACCAAACAAAAAAAUCCAGAUUCUACUACAUGGAUGGGAUCUACAUCCCAAAAAGAAUGGAAGAGGAGGAGAUUAUCAUCAAAUGGAUAUGAGGACACCAAUCUUGCAGAUCAGUUGAUCAAAGUUUUGGAGCGGAACAGCAACAUGCUAAGUGCUGAAUUAGAAGCUCAGAACAUAAAUUAUGAAUUGGAUAGGAGCCAAAGGAAGGAGCAUAAUGAUAACUUAGUUGCUGUUCUCCAUAAACUCACAGAUGCUCUAGUAAGAAUUGCUGAGAAGUUAUAAAGAACUCAAUGAAACACAGAUUUUUAUGAAGCUAGGGGCACUGUAGUUGAAUAUUAUUAACCUAUUGAUGCAUAUUGGACUACCUUUUGGUUUCUGCUUCAUGUAAAGAAACAAUAUGAUAUGUAUCAGACAGUUUUUAUUCCUGUUCCA